GUACAUUCCUAGCAUUCCUAAUCUCCCGGCGCAUUCUUUGAAUUCCUUCGAUAGUUCCUCCAGAUCUCCAGACAAGUAGGUGGCGCAACCAUCUGACAAAACGUCAACGGUGUAUCCAUUUUUUAACGUUCAGCUUCAGCUCCCAUUUCUUUAGUCUUAUAUGUUUUGUGCUUCCAGGCUUCCACUAGUCCAGUGGCUUUCUGUGAUGUUUUGUGUUUUGGUUGAUGUUGAUAUUCGUUUGUGAAAAUUUCAAUAUUUAGAUAUUUCAAAUGAUCCCCCUAUUUUUUUAUUCGUGUUCAAUUCAUGCCUUCAAUUGAAGUGUGUUGCGGUGUAUGUUCAUUUAUAUAUAGGCGGAUCGGCCGAUACAGAUAAAAACCAUUGGAGAUGAAUUCAGUGAAGAGGGAGCCAGGCAAAAGACGAAUAAAGCCAGUGGAGCAUGCCUGUUUGCUCGACUUUGAUGAGGAAAGCUCCGAUGACAGUGAUUUUCGUAUUGAAGAUCACCCAGAGGCGAGCGAUGACGACGAUGACGACUCAGGAUCUGGCCAAGGGGACACCAGUGACGAUCAAAACGGGUCAAGCGAAGAAGAUAAGCAUAAAGACCAUACAUUGGUUGCAUUCCAGAAUUACGUCUCCAAUCACAAGGCGGCUAUUUUUGCAGAUACCAUCAGACAGAAUACAAAGCCUCAGAACUCGCAGAAGUUCAAGCUGGACGAGAAGAUUGCAGCGGAAAUUUUAAUUUGUGCCGGUUGUUUGGGAGAUCAGAGUGAUGGUGUCAACGAAAUCGUUGAGUGCGACGGCUGCGGGAUAACUGUACAUGAGGCCUGUUACGGAAUCAGCGACACUGCCAGUUUGGAUAGCACCGAUUCGCUCUCCCCUACUACGCCUUGGUUCUGUGAAGCUUGCAAAGCAGGUGUUAAGCAACUAGUAUGUGAGCUGUGUCCAAAUAGCGGUGGAAUAUUCAAAGAAACUGACCUAGGGAAGUGGGUGCAUCUGGUUUGUGCUCUCUACGUACCUGGAGUUGCCUUUGGUGAGGUUGACCAAUUGGCAGCAGUUACAUUAUUCGAGAUGCCAUAUAGCAAGUGGGGUUCCAGAACCUGUUGUCUGUGUAUUGAUGUCAGGUUCGCUAGAACGGGUGUUUGCAUCGGAUGUGACGCCGGUAUGUGUCGUACUUAUUUCCACGUUACUUGCGCUCAACGUGAAGGAUUCCUUUCGGAAGCUCAUACAGAAGAAGUUGAUCAAGCCGAUCCCUUCUACGCGCACUGCAAGCUACAUUCGGAUUCAACAUUGGUGAAGCGCAGGCGCAGGAACUUUCUGGCGCUGACUGCGCGCCAUCAUUUACGUAAACGCCAGUUGGAUGAAGCAUGGGCGGCUGUAGCUGCUGACGGUAUAAUGGCUGAUGGGAGGCAAGUUUCAGAAGAAUUAAGGAGGGUGCGCAGGAAGUUGGAGGAGCAAAAGAGACAUUAUCAAGAACGAAAACAGAUGAGACCACAGCCCUGGGAUUUGGGUUUCUUUCGUAACAUCGAGCAUCUCAACGAGAUUCACACGGUGAGGAUCAUGAAGGACUGGAUCAACGGCAGAAAGCGGUUGGCACACGAACUUAACAGAUGAAUAUUCCUAAUCAAGUGCAGAAAAAAAUGGGAUCACUCCUCCACAUAUCACCCAUCAUCUGAGAUCCAUCAAUCACAUUUUACACAACCAUCUGCAGAAUACGGGCUUAAUUCUUCAAUACAAAGGUUAGGUGCAAGACUUUUGUCACUUGAGAUCUCUUCCUGUAACAAACAGUUGAAAUUACUUCAUUC